UGCCAUACUGAUUGAUAACCGAGUUAAGCUAAUACAGCCUCCCAAACUAUGACAUUUUGGCGCGACACAAAACCCCUCUUUUCUAUGUCCGACAAUCACCGAUAUCAGCGAGUCCCGGGGCCGAGCUUCGGAUUUCGAUCUGAUAACCAGCCAACUAUAAGAACAUGAAACUAUCACUUCCUACUCUCCUUCGCCAUCUACUGAUCAAUCAAUAUCAUACUUGCAAUAACACAUCCAAAACCACACCAUACCAUCAACCAACACCCCCCCAGACAACAAACCAAAAUGUCCAUCGCCAACGCCAUCCACGCCUCCACCGUGGAGACCUACAUCGAAUCGCACCUCUCCACCCCCGAUCCAGCCAUCACCCACGCCCGCGAAACAACCCACCAGCACAACAUCCCCUCCAUCUCGCUGUCACCCGGCCAGGGCCGCUUCCUCAAAAUGCUCGCCUCCUGCACCAAAGCCCAAAACAUCCUCGAGCUCGGCACCCUAGGCGGACACUCCACCAUCUGGCUCUCCCGGGCCAUCAAAGAGCGCGGCGGCAAAGUCACCAGCAUCGACAUCAACCCUCUCCAUCGCGACGUCGCCACCGAGAAUCUGCGCUUCGCGGGCGUGAAAGUCCCCGAGGAUGUCGAGAUCCUCCUCGGUGCCGGGCUGGAUAUCCUUCCGUCGCUGGAAAAAGAUAUUCAGAGUGGAGUCCGCGAGCCGUUUGAUUUCGUGUUCAUUGAUGCGGAUUGGCCGAACCAGUGGCGGUAUUUUGAUUAUGGGGUUCGAUUGGCGAGGGGGACGGGGAGUGUGCUUUUUGUGGAUAAUGCGGUCGCUGCGUUGUUGGAUUAUGGGGUUGUUGGGCCGGAGGAGAGGGAUGAGGGGUUUGUGUCGCUGGUGGAGGAGGUCGGGAGGGAUGAGAGGGUUGAGGCGGUGGUGGUGCAGACGGUUGGGGCGAGGAGUUAUGAUGGGUUUUUGAUGGCGGUGGUGAAUUAGAUGGGAAUGACCGACUGACUCUGUUUUGCUUUGAUUUUGUGGCGAUGUGUACUUGGAUC